AUGAGGCAUCUAUCCUUUUUCGUAACUUUAAGAAGCAAACUUUUGUUAAUAGCAGACAACAUGAAAAAAUAUGCUCGUAAUAUGUUAUACGACAAACUACACCGCGGCGGUGUGCUAGUUUGCAUUGGUUUGACACUGUAUGGGUCAGUGCUUCUCGGUGAUCAUUUCUAUAAAUACUUCAAAUAUGUCAAACCUCAGAUUGAUGCUGCGAAGAAGGCAGCUGAAAAAGAGUUAUUAGCAGAAGGAUCAUCAGAAAGACUUGUUUAA